GUUGGUAGAGCGUUCGCUUUGCAUUCUAGGCUUGCGAAAGGUCGUGAUUUCGAUUAUCACAUUGUCCAGUUCUUUUUUUAUUUGGAUAAUUUUUAUCUUUUCCAUCCAGUCUUGCAGCUUGCUUGAGGGACGGACGUGAUUAAUCAAUCACUCACUGCUUCUUGAGUUCCCAUGCACUUCCCGAAGAAAAUAGUUGUUUUUAAGAGGUCAAAUUUUCAAACAAGGAGCGCAUCCAUCCAUUAACUACAAGUCACAUGACCACGUGUUGCUCGCCGCGCGACUGUUGGAACCUCAUCUGUACUACAUUAUAAGAGAGCGAGCGACAGCAACCCGUACAAAUGGCCUUCGGGUAGGCUAUUUUAAACAAGAGUACUACAUGAAGCGAUGCUUUUCACAUCUGAGUGGAUCUUCUCUCGUCCAGAAUUUUCCAUACCCAUGAAUAAUAUCUAUCUCCUACCCCAGACUUUCGAGGUGAUGGUCAAGAAGGAGACGUUGGAAAAGCGCGUAUGAAUCCUUCAACAAGCCUACCAGUGGAGGUGACCACCACUACUAUCCUCCCAACCAAAGCGCAUGAUGGGGGGCGUAGCAUGACUACAUUGGAGCCUACGGCUGGCAAAAGAAAACGCUCUACAACCUCAUCUUCGAGAUCUAGUAGCGCCUCUUCCCGGGGUCGGUCGAAAAAAUCACUAACCACUUCCUCUCCGUCGAUCCCCUGGCCUGAACCUUUCAAGCUCCUCGCUCAAACACACCGCGCCUUGAACCUCGUUUACACGUUCUGCUCUGCGCGAAAGCACUUUGCGACGACGUUUGAUAAUAUCAAAACGGCUGUUGAGGCGCAGACGGGCGGGCGCAAACUGAGUGUUGAAGAUGCUGCGAGGGUUAAGGUGCUGAUCCCGCGGUCCGUGAGAUUGGAGAUUGUUGAUAAGGGGGUGGUGGAUCUUGUGGGAGUGAAGGAGGCCAAAUCUACUAGACUUGGGAAGACUUGGAGUGACUGGGAGGCUGAGGGGAUGGGGCAGGAUGCCGGAGAGAGCGAGGAUCCAAAUCCGGAUGGUGAGAGCGAUGCCUUGAUAUUUGAAUUUGUGGAUGGGGAUUUGAAGAAGGACGCUCAGCAGAAUAUUUCACGCCGGAGAUCGAAAGCAGACGACAUUAGGGUGCCCGUCUACAGCCAGAAACAUAUGAUGAGUCUGAUCGAGAAACGAAAUAAGAAAUUUGUGGACGCUGUUGAUGCAUUUCUUGCGAAGUGUCAGGAAGAGGAUAUCGAUCCUGUCGAGAAGCUGGAGGCUGAUAAAGAGAUGUAUGUCCCUGUAUCACCCCGGAGUGGUGUUAGCACUCCUGCUGCAGCGAGGUUCCCCGCACAGAUACCUAAGGAACGCCCAACUAUUGCAGAAAUCAUUGCGAGCAUAAGAGAAAUGGAGUGGUACCAUGAUCAGAUAGUACCCGAUGGACACCGGGUCUUUGAUCCACAGCCAGCUGUUUAUGGUGAUCUGAAUUUUCCUCUUUCGCAGAGCCUGGUCAAUGCCUUGUACAAUACCCGAGGCAUUACGAAGUUCUAUUCGCACCAGGCAGAGGCUAUCAAUAACCUCCAUGACGGAAAAAAUGUCAUCAUUUCUACUUCGACGAGCUCAGGGAAGUCGCUUAUUUACCAGGUUCCGAUGCUACAUGAGCUGGAACAAGAUCCCCAUAGUAGAGGGAUGUAUAUCUUUCCAACAAAGGCACUUGCUCAGGAUCAACGACGGAGUCUGAAGGAAUUAUUGGGCUAUAUCGAAGGCUUGGAGCAUAUACUUGUGGAAACAUUUGACGGAGACACCCCUAUGGCGGAUAGAAAUACAAUUCGAGACGAGGCACGGAUUAUUUUCACCAAUCCGGAUAUGCUACAUAUUACGAUAUUACCUCAAGAAUCCUUUUGGCGUACUUUCCUAAAGAACUUGAAAUUCGUAGUUGUGGAUGAACUACACGUUUAUAACGGUCUUUUUGGGUCCCACGUUGCCUUCAUUAUGAGACGGCUACGGAGGAUAUGUGCUGCUGUUGGAAACCGCCGUGUCAAGUUUAUAUCUUGUUCAGCGACGGUUGCGAAUCCCGUGGAACAUAUGCAAACAAUAUUUGGAAUUGAUGAUGUGAAGUUAACAGACAUCGACGGGUCGCCUUCGGGGAGAAAGGAAUUUAUAUGCUGGAAUACCCCGUUUCGAGAUCCUGGUGACCCAUCUUCUGGCCGCGGUAAUAGUAUCCAGGAGAGCGCCCGUUUGUUCUGCCAGCUGGUUUUGAGAGGCGUACGCGUGAUUGCCUUCUGUCGGGUUCGAAAACAGUGUGAACUCUUGCUGAGUGCUGUUAGAGAUGAGUUCAAAAGCCUAGAUCGAAUUAAUGUCUCACGGUUUGUCAUGGGUUACCGUGGAGGCUAUAGUCCACAGGAUAGACGAAAAAUAGAGCGGGAUAUGUUUGAAGGGAAAUUACUUGGGAUCGUCGCUACGAAUGCGCUCGAGCUAGGCGUGGAUAUUGGUUCACUUGAUGCUGUGAUAACGCAUGGAUUUCCAUACUCCAUUUCAAAUCUGCGUCAACAAAGUGGGCGUGCUGGGCGCAGAAACAAGGACUCGGUUUCUAUCCUCGUCGGCGAUUCCUACGCCACCGACCAAUAUUAUAUGCAGAAUCCAGACGAACUUUUUACGAAGCCCAACUGUGAACUGCAGGUGGACUUACGAAAUGAGUUGGUCCUUGAAGGCCAUGUCCAGUGUGCUGCCUUCGAAAUGCCCAUCCGGCCGGAAGAAGAUACUGAAUAUUUCGGCCCACAGCUCUACGAGUUUGCAUCUGCACGACUCACCAAAGAUAAUUUAGGCUUUUACCAUUGCCACGAGCGAUUCCGCCCGCACCCCUCGAAAUGUGUGGCUAUUCGUGACACUGAAGAUAACUACUAUGCAAUCAUCGACACAACUAACAACCGAAAUGCAGUAAUCGAAGAAAUCGAGGAAUCGAGAGUAUUUUUCAGUAUCUACGAAGGAGGCAUUUUCUUUCACCAAGGAAAUCCAUAUAUGGUCAAGGAGCUUAACACAGACCGACGUUUUGCCCGUGUCGUCCGCGUCCAUGUGGACUGGACCACCCAACAACGUGAUUUCACGGACAUAGACCCUGUCGAGACGGAAGCCAUAAGGCGCAUCAGUGCCUCGGCCAACACCAAGGCCUUCUUUGGCGCCAUCAGGAUCCGUACCGUCGUCUAUGGGUAUUUCAAACUGGAUAAAAAGGGGCGAAUUCUCGAUGCCGUGGCGCUCGAUAAUCCUCCGAUCGAAAUCAUGAGCAAGGGAAUGUGGCUGGACGUGCCGAAAGGCGCACUGGAUAUCUUGAAAUCUCGCAACCUCAACGCGGCCGCAGCCAUCCACGCCGCCGAGCAUGCAAUUCUCUCUCUCAUGCCAACAUACAUCGUCAGCUCGUCGCCUGGCGAUGUCCGCACAGAGUGCAAAGUUGCCGCUAAGGAAUUAGGUCCAAAGCACAGACAGGCACUCGCCCAUCAUGAUCAUGCCCAAUCCCACGCCGUUCCACCUCCUCCCAAGCCUGCCCGCCAGCGCCCCGCCCGACUAACUUUCUACGACGCCAAGGGCGGGCCAUCAGGUUCGGGCAUCUCCGCCAAGGCCUUCGAGUUCGUAGAUAGUCUGCUCCGACGGGCGCUGGGGCGGAUUGAAGCGUGCCAGUGUACGGCUCCGCAGGGCUGCAUCGAAUGCGUUUGCGAUGAGCGGUGUAAGGAGAUGAAUGUCGUCAUGAGCAAGGCUGGUGCUGGAGUGGUGUUGAAGUGUCUGCUGGGGAUGGAAGUGGAUGUGGACGCUCUGCCGUGGGGGGAAGAUGUGCUGGGGGAAGGUUUCGUUGGGAGGGAUGAGAUGUUGAGCCCGCGGGGGAAGGAAUUGGCUGGGGGAUUGGAAACUAUUGUUGAGGCUGUGGAGGUUUCGGCAAGGCCGGGUGUGUCGGUUCGGAUCUAUGGAGCAGAAGGAGAGUGAAAUUGAGAUAAUUUAACUCUGCGGUUUUCUUCUCGCCAUAUGUAUAUGUGCGAGGGCAUUCCUGCGCAGCACUCGAAACAAUUGAGUGAGAUAUCGACUCAGUCGUUCAUUGCUGGAUGCUUGGAGUUGAUAACUUCUCCCGGCCGGUUGGGUUUGGCUCUUCUUGGCACCUUUUUUUUUUUUCGUCUACUUCUAUACUUCUCGAAAUUACCCUUUCAUUUUUACAUAUUGUACCGUAGUACAUAUGGAAGAACCACAAUUUCCGCCCAAGACAAGCAACUUUUGAAAUUUUUUUUGUUGUUCCCUGUAUCAAAAUGGGUAGAAAGGGGGAAAAAAAGGGCUCUUCGCGUCCUGAUCAACUGCUGCUGUACGAGGUGGUAACAAUGAAUACAUACCCAAAACUUAACAAAAGAUACACGUUGUCGUAAGCAAAGCAAAGCAAUCUGAGAAACAAGUAAAGGGAAAGCAAAAGGAACGACGAAUGCGUGUAAUACGAACGAAAUGAGGUAGAGCUUUUCAACCCCCCCACCCCCCCCCUUAACUAACAUCUUGUAAUAAUAGCACCGUCAAAAAAAUUUUUUUUUU